AUGAACAGAUAUCAAAGUCCUAAAUUUUCUACCUUCGACUCAUCGGGCGGGAAACAGGUGCUGGCCGAUGGUUGCGUGAAGCCUAUAACUGGUACAGGGUUCUCGGAAGCCGAAGUCCGGCGACAGUAUGACAUAGCGUACGGCUUCUUCCCCCUGCCGCUCAAGAAGAAAGGCGAGCUACAGUAUAAGUGCAAUUUUGCCAGUGGAGAGGCACAAUAUCCGUUCUUCAGGGCGUAUCAAGCGGAGAUAGAGGAUUCUCCAGGCGAUAUAUUGACGCCUCCCAAGAAAGCACUUGAGCUAGCGGCUAAACUCUUCACGCUCUUCGCUUUUGUUCUCGAGCUGCCGGAGGAUUACUUCUCACCUAAGCAUCGGUACGAGGACGCGAGUGGCAACGACGUGUGGUACAUGAGCUGCCGUCCACGAUCCGCAGCCGAGGGUGCCAAAGUGGCUGAAACUUGGCCGAGAGCGUACACUGACUUAGGCUCGCUAACGCUACUCUGGAGCCAGAACGCAGUGGUUGGCGAUACGCUCGACGUCUGGUCGGCGUCAUACCUCAAAUCCACGACGCACCGGGGCGUGCAGCCGCUGCCCGAUCAGUUCGAUGGCAACCGGCUCGACUUUCUCAACUUUCCGGCACCGUCGCGCUUGCUGAUGCGGCUGGGUUUGGUGGAUAAGAGAUACGAUGACGCCGAGCCGGUCAAGGGUUUGAAGUAUGUGCACCAGAAGGCUAAGAACUAUCACAAUCAUGUCGUCUUUCUGACCGCAAGGAACAGCUUUUAA